UGCGGUAAGAUGGCGGCGGUGUGGGAGCGGAGCCUGUUGGAGAUCGGCGGCGCCGAGCGGGACCUCCCGGCCUGGCGGGAGGUGCGGGCCGACCUGGGUGUGAAUGCGAUCCCAGGAGUGAAGUACUCCGAUAGUGCCGGUGGAUUCUUCUAUGAAGAAAAUGGGAAGGUGCAAUCUGUCACCAGAAAUCGGUUCAUACACUGGACCAGCUCUGGUGACACCCUGCAACUGAUAGAACAGUCUUUGGAUACCAACCUCCUCAACAACACCGUGCGCCUGAAGUUCCUGAACUGUCACGUGCUGCCGGGUGGAGUUCACGUGCACGAGACUCACGACCGUGUGACUUUACUCAUUGCCACCAACCAGACCGUGCACAGGAUUGUACUCCCCCACCCCUCCCGCAUGUACCGAAGUGAGCUGAUCAGUGAAGGUCACAUCCAGUCCAUCUUUACCGAUAUUGGGAAGCUGAACCUGCGUGAUCCAGCGCACAGCUUUUUGAUUCCUGGUGUCCCCGGCCACACUGUUAACUCAACGGCGUCAGCAACCUGGCUGAAUAGUGACGGAGAGGCCCUGUUUGCGCUGGCUUCUGCAUCUGGAGGGAUUCUGAUAAUCCAGCUUCCCGAGCAAGAUACUGCAGGCUCUGCAGCUUUACUGGAAUUGAAGCAAAGCUCCGUCAUGCAAAGGCUGCUCACAGGAUGGAUGUCAACCGCUAUCAGAGGUGAGCAAGGUCCCUCAGAUCUACCUGUCAGCCUUGCGGUUCAGGUCUUGGAACAUGAUGCAUUUAUCUUUGCUCUGUGUCAGGACCAUAAACUACGACUCUGGUCCUACAAGGAUCAGAUCUGCCUGAUGGUUGCGGACAUGCUGGCAUUCAUGCCGGCCAGUAAGGAGCUACGACACACCGGCAGCCUGGGUCACAAGCUGCGUUUGGCGUAUUCCUCUUCCGGCUUCUUCCUGGGGGUCUAUCUGCACUGCCCCAAACGUGGACAGUUUUGUGUCUUCCAGCUGGUGUGCUGCAUUGAGAGUAACCGCUACAGUCUGGAUCAUAUCUCGACUCUCUUCUCCACGCAGGAAACGCUCGUGGAUUUUGCCCUCACUCCCACCGAUAUCUGGGCCUUGUGGCAGGAUGAAGAUAACCAGACCAAUGUUAGAUACAUUAACUUUGAGCAUAACCACGCUGGCCAGUGGAACCAGGUCUUCAUACAGCCUGUUGCUGAUGAAGAAUUGCAUGUGCCAGAGGAUCAGGACCCUAAGGAAACCUACCUGGAAUACCUCUUUGCCCCUGGCCGUUUUACCCCUCAGGCCCUGCUGAAAGCUCUCCAGAUAUAUUGCCGAGGGGCAGACAGAAUCCUGGACCCAUCGAUGGAGGGACUGAAGAAGGAAGUGACACUGGCUGUGGAAAAUGCGAUUCAGAGCAGUGUGACGGAGUACGAGUUCUCGCAGGAAGUGUACCGUCAGCUGCAAGUGGAGUUCUGGUCCAAGUUCUACGCCUGCUGCUUGCAGUACCAAGAGGCCUUGGCACGCCCCUUGGCAUUGCUUGUCAAUGUUCACACCAACAUGGUGUGCCUGCUGAAAAAGGGAUUUAUGUCUUUCAUGUUUCCCUGCCUCACCAUCGAUCACCUCUACAUGUCUUCUGAUGAGGGCCUUUUUCUAGAAGAUGAGUGUUCCCUCACAGAUGAUCCAGAGGUGGCACGGGACCUGCUUCAAUUAGUACAGUGCCUUAGGCUGGUGGGAGACUCCGUCACUAUGGAAAUGGCCUCGUUAAUGGAAACAGCAGUGAGCCACCUACAGCCCCCCGAGAAAGCGGCGGAGCAGAUCCUGGAGGACCUUCUGGCCAGAGACACAGAGACGCACAUGGAGCUGCAGAGUAAGCUGCAGGAUAUCCGUAACCCCGGGACCAUAAUCCAGCUGCUGCUGCGGGAAAUGGACCUCGAGGGCGACCUGGAGGCAGGCAAUGGCCAGCCUCUGCACAUCCGAAUGAACAUGGCCCAGUUUUACGGCAGCAACGUUGCCAUUAAUGUCGUCUGUGAGGCUGCGUACCACAUGUCCAUGACUCGCUUCCUUAUCUGCCGUGACCUGCUGAUUCUGCAGCAGCUAAUGCUUCACCUUGGAGACGGUGUGAGUUUGGGAGCUGGUGGCUAUCUCCUGCAGCUCCAGCAGGAACUCAUUCCUCGGACAUCGCUCCUCGUGUGCUCCUACUAUGUGAUGAGAUGGGCUUGUCAAUCCCUGGCUUCAGCAGUGCCUGUUGACACUUUGGAAUCGAACCUGCGACAGUUAUCAGUUUUAGAGCUGUCAGACUCUAAUGCCCUAACAUCACAGCGUGCAGCCAGCAGCCUACGUACGGUGGUAGAGUUGUUCUACCAACAGGUGGCCAGAAAACACAUUCUUUCCCGGCUGUUGUCCCAGGAAAAUAGUCCUUUAAGUCAGUCGACGAUCAACUGGGCACAGAUUGGCAUUGCCUUUACAAAUUACCUCCUCCAGUAUUUAUGGCCAAAUAACACCAGUUUUCUGUUUCCGGAGUUUCUCAUGGGACACUGCCAGUAUGUACAGCUUCAGGAAUAUGUACGCCUAUUGCAACCUUGGUGUGAAGUUAAUGUCGGCUCACGGCGGUUCGUGCUGGGACAGUGUUACCUGGCCACAGGUGAAGGGUACAAGGCUCUGGAGUGUUUCUGCGACGGUGCUGCAGCAGUGGGGAGGGAGGAGUUCCUGGACAGACUGAUCCGCGUGGAGGACGAGGAAGCCGCCUCCAAUCCCAGAGUGCAGUAUUACAACAAGGUCCUCCGUUUACUGGAAGACAUGGGGCUACCAGAGCUUGUUCUGCAGCUAGCGGCGAUUGCAGUGACUGAGGCAAGAGAUGACUGGAAGAUUCUGGCCAUGCUGUGGACAAAGAUUUUCAAGCAUCACUUGGACCUGGGUCACAAUCAUCAGGCUUAUGAGUCACUAACCCAGAACCCGGACAACAGCAGACAGCUUGACUGCCUGCGUCAGUUGGUGGUGGUUCUCUGUGAGCGCUCCCAGCUUCAGGACCUGGUGGAAUUUCCUUACAUCAACCUUCACGAUGAGGUUGUUGGAAUCAUCGAAUCUCGUGCCCGGGCUGUGGACCUCCUGACCCACAACUACUACGAGUUGUUGUACGCGUUCCAUGUCCAGCGACACAACUUCAGGAAAGCUGGGACAGUGAUGUUCGAAUAUGGAAUGCGUCUGGGCCGAGAAGUCCGCUCUCUCCAAGGUCUCCAGAAGCAAGUGCACUGUUAUCUGGUGGGGAUAAAUUGUUUGCGGCAAAUCCGACCAGAGUACGCCUGGAUUGUGCGGCCAGCCUCCGGAGCCAUGUACGAGCGCCCCGGGGCGUCGCCGAAGAGGAGCCACGACGGGGAGUACACCGCCACGCAAGUCUGCCGUCAGAUUGACAUUGUGGAGUUGAAGGACUUGGAGAAAGAGUACAUGUUGGCCCGUACUCGACUGGACCUCGUAAAGCACGAUCCAUCAUCUGCAGCAGUAGCUGGGAAUGCCUCAGCUGAGGAGAUCGUGGCCUUGCUCGUCCAAGUGGGGCUCUUUGAUACGGCCAUCUCCCUGUGUCAAACCUUCAAACUCUCGCUCACCCCCAUCUUCGAAGCACUUGCCUUCAAAUGCAUUAAACUGCAGUUCAGUGGUGAGACAACGCAGUCUGCCGCCUGGGACUGGCUGAAAACAAAUCAGAUGCCUUCCGUGAUUGCAACAAAGGAAUCUAGUGCCACUAAUGAAGCCUGGAGGUUGCUGUCCUCCUAUCUUGACCGCUACCAGUCUAGCAGUUCACAGUACCAUCACUGUGUAAUCAACAAACUCCUGUCACAUGGAGUGCCACUUCCCAACUGGCUUGUUAACAACUACAAGAAAGAGGAUGUGGCUGGACUCCUGCGUCUAUACCUGAACUACGACCUGUUGGAGGAAGCGGUGGACCUGGUGCUGGAGUACAUCGAUGCAUUAAUGGGGAAGGGGCACCAGUACUUCGGCAUUGAGGUGAGCGUGGAGCAUGCCUGUGGGAUUGGGUAUGUGGCAGUUGCAGGGAAUCCCCUUCCAGGCCAGUGUAAGAUGAUGCACUACUGA